AUGAAAACCCGCCUGACGACACUGACCUGGAGGGGAUCCGCUUCGGUCGAUCCCCGGUUCUCGGCGGCCAUGCUACCGUGGUCCAUUGCCGACAUUCGGAACCAUGAAAGUUAUGUAACGCUAUCGGUCGGUGUUGAGGAUGGCGUGAUGGCAGCUUACAACACGGACUUUGAGCUACAGUUCGAGCACAAGCUGAAGUACAUCCUCGGCUACUGCAGGGUAAUCGUGAAGCAGGAGAAGAGCAAAAAGAAUGCCGACUUCCUCAUCCCGAAGGCGACCAGUACGCGCCCGCAGCCCAUCACGAUCGGCAACGACAAUAUGGCGGAAAUCUUUGGGCCCGAGUUUGGGCUGGUGUAUCUGCUGAAAACUCCCCAGGACCCACUGCUGCACAUACACUUUUAUGAGUGUGAAAAGUAUGAACAGAUGGCCGAACUGUUGCAGCAGAUGCGGGACCCGUCCACGAUCGGGGCUGGCGGAUCGGUAGGCAGCAUACCGCAGAGUAUCGUGUCGUCCAACGCGAACGCGAACGAUCUGCAGAAGGCCCUCCGCAGCCAGGGCGUUCACUCGACGCCCGCCUCGAACCUGAAGCUCUCGGAACAGAUGCGCCACGCACAGCACGAUGGCAGCCCGACGUUGGCUUACCAACAGGGCAACGGUCACCACGGCAGCCACCAGCCGUAUCACCAGAACGGUGCUGGGCCACACCGGUUGGCCACCUCCAAGAGCUUCUCGGGCGGGCUGAACCACUCGGCGAGCGGGGCAGGUGGUUUGGCGGCGGCAGCGGCCGCUGCCACCGGUGGCUCCAGCAUCUCGUCCAGUCUCUCCUCGCUGCCGGACAUCUCCGCCAACAACUCGCAGUUCUUCGAGGUGCUGUACGUGGGCAAGAUCAAGGUAUCGCACAAGCGCGUCCCGUACACCUUCAUCGACGACGCGCUACCCAAGUUCAAGGCGUACGAUGCGGAGAAGCUUCGCCAGCAGCUGGAAGCCUCCCGGAAGAGCGCCGGAGGUGACAGCAAUGGUGAUGGCAACGGGAAACUGGGCGCGUUGGUGGUCGAGAAGGACCCAUUAGUGCCGCGGUCAACACCACCACCGUCCACUGACGAUCCGCCCGAAUCGGUCUUCCAGGGACGACGCGUCAGUCAGUUCGAUCUUCCGGUGAAGAAAAUUGAGGACGGUGCCAAAGAGGCAAGCAAUAGUGCGCCAGUCUCCGGUGGCGUUGGUGGUGGUGUCGGUAAUGGUGUCGGAGAGGGGCCACUCGUCGGGGAUACAGUUAAGGAUACGCAGCAACUCCAGCAGCAGCAGCAACAGCAACACCCGACGAUGGUAGCACCGGCCCGAGACGGCAAGUCGUCGGAUGAGGAGGCACCGGUGCGCCGUGAUCGAUCCGCGUCGAUCGGUUCGCUGCCGAUUGUGGAGCAGAACCGGACGAUGGUGUUCCUGAUCGGGCAGAGCGAUCUGCGUUUGAUCAGCCCCGACCGGAAGCAGGUGCUGCUACACAAGGGAUUCCGCGAUGUGGCCAGCUGUGCCCAGGGACAGAAGAAUGCGGACCACUUCGGUAUCAUCUGCCGGGACGUGAACAAUGACGGUUACAUCGGGUACGUGUUCAAGUGCCAGUCGGAGCAGGUGGCGGACGACAUCGUGAUGGCGAUCUCGCAGGCGUUUCUGGCCUGCUCGGAGCAGAAGCAGAAAGACCGGGCUGCGGCCCAGAUUUUCUCCUGCGAGCACUGCCCGAUGCUGUGGUACCACAAGCUGUGCACCGAUAUUGAGGGGCUGAGCGACAAAAAGACACAGUAUAUGAUUUUCAAGCGGAUCGACACCACGCUGACGGACGACGAGCAGCGGCUGCUGAUGGAGAAGUACCACGGGGCCGAGGAGGCUGCCGGGCACAGUAUCGGCGAGCAGAAUCAGUUCCUGAUGAUGCUGCUGCGGGCGCACUGUGAGUCGAAGCAGCAACGCCACGUGCACGACACGGUGGAGAAUCGAACCGAGUUUCUGAAUCAGUAUCUCGGCGGGAGCGGCAUCUUUAUGAAGGCGAAACGAUCGUUGACCAGCUCGUUCGAUCAUCUGCUCAAGCGACGCACCAGCCGGGAUGACUUUGUGGCUGGUUCUGCGGGACUGAAGGAUUCUGCGUCGGCCGGAGAGCUGAAGGAGGGCAGCUUAGAACCGGUACCAAGGGCCAGGGCCUCGACAAUCGGCUCCAGUCCGUCGAUGGGGCGCAUGAACUCGGAUUUCGGACCCGGCACACAAGUUCCCCAGCUAAAGUCCCCGAUGAUGGAUAUCUUCAUUAAGGUGGGAAACAGCCCGCGGGAGCACAGUACCGGCCACACGGGAUCGUGGCGUCAGGCGAUGCUGCAUCGCGUCGUGACACCGUCGAAGGCGAUGAAAAGUGGCACGGAAGAGUACAUGUCUCCGCUGCGAACGCCGUGCGGUCAGUUGGCGGGGGGUGCGAAGAAGCGCACGCGAGAAGAGUUGCGCGAACUGUGGCGCAUCGGCAUCAAGCAGACGAUCAUCCUAAACCGCAUGGACAAGGAGAAUGCUCACCUGCAGGCGCGCCAGAACGAGAUCAAAUCGAACGAAAUCAAGCGCAUCAAGCUCGAGUAUGACGAGAUAACGGUCUGUGAUAAGCGAUCGGCCGAACAGUGGGACGCCUUUCUCGAGAAGGCUUCCGGUGGGACGUCCGCUCGGGCGAACCAAUCGCUGCUGUACCAGGCGAUCAAGAAUGGGGUACCACGCACGAAGCGUGGCGAGAUCUGGAUGUUCCUGGCGGAACAGCACGUACACCAUACGGCCCCGGUUGAUACGACCAACUUUCCGAACUUCAACACACCGUACCAAGUGCUGCUGAAGAAUCUGACCGAGCACCAGCACGCGAUAUUCAUCGAUUUGGGACGUACCUUCCCUGAUCACAAGUACUAUAAGGAUGCGCUGGGCAUCGGACAGCUGUCGCUGUUCAAUCUGCUGAAGGCGUACUCAAUCCUCGAUCCGGAGCUCGGCUAUUGCCAAGGGUUGGGAUUUAUUUGUGCUGUACUGUUACUCCACCUCGAAGAAGCGGACGCCUUCGAUCUGCUGAAGCAUCUCAUGUUCCGCCGCCAGAUGCGGGCCAAGUAUCUGCCGGACAUGAAACAGUUCCAGCUGCAGCUGUAUCAGCUGUCCCGCCUGCUCAAAGACCAUAUCCCGGAGCUGUACGAUUGGUUCGAUCAGCACGACAUCUCUCCCACACUAUACGCGGCUCCCUGGAUACUGACUGUCUUUAGUUCGCACUUCCCGCUCGGUUUCGUCGUGCGCGUGUUUGACCUACUCUUUCUCGAGUCGUUCGACGUCAUCUUUCGCUGUGCGAUCGCACUGCUGGAAGUGCACAAAGAGGCGCUACUGCAGCGGGACAACUUCGAGGACAUUAUGAACUACCUGAAGAACGUGAUCCCCAAGAUCGAUGGCAGCGUGAUGGAGAAGGUUUUUCGGAAUGUGUUCCAGUCCGAUUUCUCGCGUCAGCUGAUCGAAUACCAGGUCGAAUAUAAUGUGCUGCAGGAGGAGAUGACGUCCCAGAACCACCAGCUACUGAGCUACAAUCGGCUGAAGGAGGAACACCAGCAGCUGGACACGCAGUUCCAGUUCGCUCAGUCGAGCUUGAUGCAGCUGGAGAAAACACGGCUGGCGCAGCACGACCAAAUACAGUCCCUCCAGACGCAGGUACAGACGCUCGAGAACACCGUCCACACGCUGGCGCGCUUCAUCGAGCAGACGGUCGAGGCCAAAUCGGACUCCGUGCUGCCCGGCGAGAUCUGCCGCAUUCUGGAGCAGGUGCAGGAUUUUCAGCAACAGCAGCAGCAGCAGCUACAAGCGCAAAAGAAACGAUCACCGAUAUUCGUCGAUCGGAAGAUCGGGAAAUCCAUAUCGUUCAACAGCAACCUCGGGCUGGCGCUGAACGUGCUGGAGGAAGCCAACGAGCAGGACGGCUCGGGUGGCCCAGGUGGUACCGGGACACCGACGAAGAAAAAAUCCUAUUUUCCGAACUCCUUCAAUCAGAUCCGACAGCAGCGGGCGACCCUGUGGCUGCACAAGCUCGAAGAGUGCAACACCAGCCCGGAGCACGGCACGGGCACCCUGUCGUCGUCGGGUUCGUCGUCUGGCGUGAAGGUCACCAACAGUGACGACAGUGGCAUUGCGACACCGAUCAGCCCACAAAUGCACGCACCCUCGACGACCCCGAUGGUGGCCGAAAGCAGACCCCUGGUGCCAGUGUCGGUACCAGGGGUCUUCGACAGCCAUCCGCUGAGCAGCUGCGGCGAUGUGGCCGUCCAGUACAACGGGACAACGCAGCUGAAAUCGUUGAAGCCCCGGGUACAGUCGCGCCACGGCUCCGUAUCGUCAUUCGUCAGUGAGGUGGGCAACGCCGAAUCGCGGCCCCAAACCGUCACGGAUCGAAGUUAACGGCCGACACGGAGUGAUGCUACCGGCAGGGAAGGGUAGAAUAGUGAGCAAACGGGAUCUCUGCCGUGAUGCAGCAGGAUUGCUAGAGGUAGCAAAAGAAGAAUCAUCUUUGGCUAGUAACGAUCAGUUUACCCCGACGAAGCUUAACACUGUUUGGUAACCGACACACUGGCGGCAACGCUGCCACGCCAUUCCAGCAACGGAUGUGUUCUUUACAACCACGAUCUUCCAGGAUUCGUUUCGGUUGGCGGAAGAUGUCUCCAGACAAAACGUACCCCAGAUUAGUGCUCCCCUCCGUCGAACCUUUUUCUGUGGCAAUCGAAAUUAAGCUGCCGACGUGUGCGAGGCGUGCCACGGGAAAUCUUGUUCACUGGCUUGUGGUAAUCCUAUCCCGGACGGAACGGACAAUUGUAUACAGUGAUGUAGCUAGUGGCAGCUCAAGCAUCCGCUUAGUAUGCGGUAAGUAGAAUUGGUUACUCAAAACAAAUGUUAGCCUAUGCUAGGAAUCGAUUUACAUUCUCGCAUACCGUUCGAUCUAACCAAACAAAAAAAACAAUUUUACUACAACGUUAGUUUGUCCCUCCCGUGUGCUGCCCUGCCCUACGUGGUGGACACGCGUAGAAGAGAAUGAAGUGCAUCUACAUUAAAAAUUAGUGAGAAAGAUACUAGCCUAUUGUGAAUGGAAAACCAUACUACUACCCUAUUUAUCGCUUUUGCAACCAGAAUUAUAAGAGAAAAGCCAUACGCUCGACAGAAAAAAAGAGAAAACAAACCACAAAACUCUGUAACCAAACCCAACGCCAGCAAUUGCUUCGUACAAUUUAUGAGUGUGACAGUAGAGCAGGGAAACGUUAGAAAACUAGCGACUUCUACUCCCAGUAAAUGAAGUACCCUCCUCGAGUCCCUACGGACAAGCUAACGUGCGGCCGUGUACUUAACUGUGGGCGCCAAAAAUUGUGUUGUAAAUUUCAACAGUCAUAAUUUGCACAUGGAAAAUCCCGCUUCAGAAGUCCCCCCAAGUGUGAUUAGAGCUGUAGUAAGAUAGAAAGGAUACAUAUAUAUAUUUUGGUAUACAUUUAAAUUGCUCUAACUGUGCGCGCAAUCGAAACAAUAGGCGACUGUAGUCCACAGCUACAGUAUUGCAGAACAUUCGGCACGUACCGUUUUAUUGUCUGCAUAAUCCAAAUUUGUGCUCCUCAAAACAACAUGUAGCCGCUCCCAACGCACUGGCGAGGGAAAAUGUGUAUAACCAGUCCGCAGCUUACUCGUGCUUCUUAUUGCCAAUCAAAGUUGUUUAGAAAAUUGCUACAUUCAGGCGUGCCCUCAACCGGUGGCAUACGUCCAGGGGACUGUCGUGGAUUAAAUCGCGAACAAUUGUAACUAAAACCUACAAACUCAGCUCUGCAGCGUUGUAUCCAGCCAUCCUAUUCUUGGCUAGUGGCAAGCCAAUCGUUCGUUCAAUCGCAUACUUUUACGUUGACAAUAGCUAUGUUCGAGCUUUACAGAGACCUGCGAUGGGAGCGAAGGAUACGACACCCCAGUUCUGGUGGUCCGUAUGCUUCGUUUCGUUCGUGUAAAUGCGUACAUUUUUGCUACCGACGGUAGCAAAAAGGACCUCAUGUAUCGGGCCCUCUCCAUUUUAGCUUUAGGUUUUAUUGUUAUGUUGUUUUGUUUUAACUUUUUAGUGUUAUAAAUAAGUUUCAUUAAAAUGCCUACCGAGUUGUUCGAUUCCCACGGGACCCUAAUAUCACGCUUUGGAAAAUGAAAAAGAAACAAAAAACUACACAAAAAUAAUAACACCAUCUCACGGCUGAAAUUAUUUAGAUCGAUAUAUGAUAAGGAACGUGACAGGAAAAAUAAAU